AACAUCUUCAGUUUGGGUGGUAAAAGGAAGAGAUCAGCCAAACGGCUGCAUAAAAUGACAGCUUACAGACAGGAGGAGGCUGUCAGGUGUCACGGUGUUAUUAAAGGCCACAAGAGCACGAAGGGAAGGAGUGCAAGAGUGGGAUUAGGGCAGGGGAGCUCCUGAGGGCUGCCAGCAGAUCUGCAGCCUGCGUUCGAUCUGUGUGAAACCCACAUGGCACAGUUUGACUUCAGCACAUUGGCACAUCCUGAGCACAAUGGAGUUAUUGGUGCGAGGGCAGUGCCUGGGGGAUCCCAGCUAUUCCGUGCUGUGUAACAGCAGCAGAAAACAGCUGCAGAGAAACCUCAGAGUGCUCUGUGAGAUCUCAGCUGCAGCUUAUCUUGGGCUGUGGAGUCUGAGCACAGGGACAGCAGAAAUCCAUCUCCUGUCCUGCACUGAGCUGGGCCCAGCAGGGCAGGCAAACCAGGGCCUGAUCUUUGGGAAGGCUCCUGACGUGGAUGUGAGUUAGAGCUCAAAGAUGAGUGUGAUUCCACAAUCAUUAUUGUCAUCCUACAGACUCCACGUUACACAAAGCGGAAGGCACUUAAACCUGCCCUAAAAGCAUCAUUGCAGUGGGAAUAUCACAUCUCACCCGUGAUUCACGGCCUUAAGCCCUGCAAACACUCCAUUCUAUGUGAUGUCAUUAUACCUAGCUAUAUUGCUAGCAUGCUGUAGAUUCGGUGCACGACGACUUUAAAAAGACACAUUUAAGGCUUGUCUCACAGAAAGGAAGAAGUGACCAUGAAAUAUUAUUAUUUCAUCUGAGAUGUACUUAGUUAUGGAAUGGAGCACUGAUGAAUCACGAGGCAGCUCUGCUCCGAGCAUCGUGCAGAGGAGCUCAUGGGCUUCUCUGGGACUGCAAACCUCCCUCUGAGGAAUCUUAACUGCAAGAAACCUGGCCUGAAGGUUUGGUCCCCAUUCCCAGUGUUGUGACAAGAGUCACCUCAGUUCUCUGUUACUUUACUUCAGAUAACCCCACUGGGUGAACCUCAUGUUGGUCUCUUAGAAUUGGAUCUAGGAGGUGUUAGCUGCCUGUGUUUAUGAUGAAAGAGCAGCAGUGAUGUGGGUCUGUGUGAGGUCACUGUCAUUGCUGGGGUAGGAGGGUUUGGCCCCCAGCUGUCGAGCAGAGCUGGUGCUCUGGUGAGCGUGCUGCACACAGACACUGAGCUGUGAGCGUUCCUUGUUGGAGAUCAUCCUUUGGGAGCCCACUGCAGGCACCGCUGCGGCGUGUGUGUGAGCUGGGCACAGCCCGGACUGACCAGGCCAAUAAGGCACUUCCUGUAGGGUUCCGGUCCGAGAGGACUCUUUGGGGAUCCAAGCAGUUCGAGCACAACCGUCUCUUUGCAAGAGCAGGGAAUUCCUCUGGAGAGAACCCAGACGGGCUCUAAGAAUUUCCCCAUGUCUCAGCAAAGAGGCGACUGCUACUUCUACUUCUACUCCACCUGCACUAAGGGAGACAGCUGCCCCUUCCGCCACUGUGAAGCGGCUCUGGGGAGCGAACGAGUCUGCAGACUGUGGAUGGAGGGCGGCUGCUCGAGGAGUAACUGCAAGUUCCGUCACAUGAGGAUUGAUAAGCAGCGCAGUUUGAUUCCCUGCUUCUGGGAGAACCAGCCCGGAGGCUGCCAGAAACCACACUGCGCCUUUCGCCACCUGAAGGAACGCGGUGGGAACAGACCGACUGCGCUGCUGAGCCACAAAGUUGACACCAGUGGCCUUCCUCCAAAGAGCGGCCUUGCAAAAAGUCUGGGGAACCAGACAGAGGUUGACAAGGCACCAGAGAGAGUUGACAUCCCAGUUUCCUCCCAUGGCCCAGCUGGACUAAAACGCAAACGGUCGGAGGAGGAGAAGGGAAAAGCAGGGGAAUCACCCUGCAAGAAAAGAGUUAAAGGUGAGCACGAGGAGCUCGUUACGGUGCCUCAGAAAAGCAGUGCUGUCAUUUUGCAUUGCUCUCUGUCAGACUUUUCCUUGCCCUGGAUUAUUACUGAGUGCAGCUAUUGGGUUUCUUUGUUCCUUUGUAUGCGUUGUUGGUACACAGAGAUGACCGUGUGCAAAACAUGGCUGAGAAUCCCGGACAGGGCAAUGCAAUUCCACUGGCCAGAUGUAUUUAACUGUGGAGAAGAGCUGUGGGAAUGACAGGACAACCUGGA